AUGGACUACUCUGCCCACGACUCGGAUCUUCCCGGCGGCGGAGAUCCAUGGGCCUCCUCACCGCAACAUAAUCGCCAGUCCUUCGGCCAACCUCCCACAAGCGAUAUCCCCUCGUCCCCGCUGCCUCCACAAGCGUCGUCGCCCUAUGGCCAGGGUUCGGAGCAGUAUGGCUACAUGGGCGACCAAGAUGCGCAGAACCGCCCAAACACGGCCUCUUCGAACGGAGACCAUUCAACCCAGUCGCCGGUAGCUGCCCAGGAUGCGCCUCAAUCGCAACAACCACAACAAGCCCAGCAACAAGCUCCUACUCAGGGCCAGCAGCCCCAGCGAUACCAUGGAACGCGCCCCCAAAGACAGCAGCAGCACUACAAGCUCCAGGCGAAGGUCACGGGUCUCGAGCGGAAUGGCAAGAAGGACCCGGUCCUGAGAUUCGAUGUUUAUACCAACCUUCCGAAGUUCCGUACUACGCAAUUCCGCGACGUCCGUCGAUUACACUCCGAAUUUGUGAAGCUCGGCGAGCACCUCAUCUCAUCAUGCCCAGAAGCCAUCGUGCCCGCGGUGCCGCCAGCGACGACAUCCGCAGGCGCAGGUACCGACGAAGAUGAGGCGCGUCUCAAGGCAUCUUUGCAACGAUGGCUCAACAUUGUCUGCGCCAACGACAUACUCAUACGGGACGAAGAGAUGGUCUUCUUCGUUGAGAGCGAUUUCGGGUACAGUCCCGUCGUGCGCAGGAAACAGCCGGCUACUGGCGUGAGGCGCAAGGUCAUCAAGCAGUUUGCGCCACCACCGGAUGAUACUCCAGAGCUCGCUGCAGCUCGUCCCAUUGUCAAAGCCUUCUACCUGGGCACCAUGGAGGCAGAGCAGAAGCUGGAAAAGGUUGUGAAACAACGGAGAAAUCUCGGUGUCGCUGAAUCAGACCUCGGAGCUAAGUUUGCAGCAUUGCAUGUACAGGAGACCCACGUGGGACUCUCGCACGCAUAUAAGAAGCUCGGCAAGGUCAUUCAGGCGACUGGCGACUUCCAUGCCGCCCAAGGAACGGCUGAGGCUACGACUCUUGGCGACCCUCUUCAGUACCACAGCAGCGACGCUUUCAUCGCGAAAGAAACCCUUACAAACCGUCACAUCCUACUGCGCGAGCUGUUGCAGGCGCAAUCCCAAACCAAGUCGAAGCUCACAGCGGCCGACAGGCUCAAGGCUAGCUCAAGCGUAAAGCGAGACAAGGUGGACGAGGCAAUCACUGCGCUGGAGGAAGCCAGGAGCCAUGAGCAGUACCUCACCACAAAAGCUCAGCGUGUCACGGCAAACCUCCUCCAGGAGCAGAGGAAGUGGUUCGGACGGACUGCUCACGAUAUGAAGCAGGCUCUACGCGAGUACGUUAUACGCGAGAUCGAAUCAGAGAGACGCACAUUGGCGACACUCGAAUCUGUCAGACCCGAUAUACGAGCCAUCGACAACACGGGCGGGCUUUCGCGUCUAGGACGUGAAGCACAUCCCGCGGUUCGCCGCGCCUCACUCGCAAGCUCGCAGGGGCCCAAGGGAGAUGCGUGGUCUGGAGUACAGCGACGGCCGGGAGAUGGCCUGAACCGGAGUCUUAGUGGGACACUCGCAGGACCUCUGCCAGAGGAGGACGAAGAAGAAGAUGCAGAAGGAGCAACGCAUGGCAGGAAGCGCGCAGUAAGUAAGACAGGAAGUCAGAAGGGUCUGGAGGAAGAUGAGGACCGCAUUGAUGCAAGGAACGCAGCGAGCCGACUAGCCACUACGACCUUCUAG